AGAGAGAGAGAGAUACAAGUACACGAGGAGGAGGAGGAGGAGAAGGAGCGGAGGAGUUCAAGGAGGAAGUUCCGAGGAAUCGUCGACCGGUAAUCAGUAGUCUGAUCGAGACGGACAAGGGAGGAGGAUAGGAGAGUGAGGGCGAGGAUACAUCAUCUCGGGUGCAUCCUUCUUUUUUAUUUUUGACAGGAAUAGAUCAGGUUUUCUGCUCCCCUUUGACAGGGUGAGGAUACGAGUGGAACUUCGGAAUGAGUCCUAGAUUUCGGAUCCAUGAGUUUGUGACCUAAUGAGAAUGCCUAGUCGGGUCAUCCCGUGGAAACUCCGGAUGUCGAGGAAGUAGGGGAUGCUUAGACCAUGUCUUUCCCAGUUAGUUUUGAUACAUGAAAACACCGCGAAAGGUGAAGAAAUAAUGGAUAACAAGGACUGCAGUUUAAGGAUUGCGCUGCCCGGACUGAAGGACGAAGCUAAGGCGCUCAUCGUCAGAGAUAACCGGCUGAGAUAAUUGCGUACAGAAAGUCAGGAUUGGAGAUGGCGUUCUAUAAAUUUAGAGUGAGGGACAUGAUCAUAAUUGCGUUGUGUGCGGCCUUCAUAUCGUUGCCGUAUUUUCUUCUAAUGCACACGCCUACCAUCAUGUUUCUACAUGGUUUGAUGAAUCAAAUCAACUUCAAGCCGGCCGAAAAGAGUAGUGAUGCUCUUGACAGUGGGAUCGAGGAUGGGAGCCUGAUUGGUGGUGACAAGGAAACAGAUCUACAAAAGGCAAACGUAACGGAUAAAUUUGAGGAGCUCCCUGGUCUGGAAAAGCUUUUGAUAGAGACGUCCAUGCCUAACAAGACUCUAAUCAUUACGACAUUGAAUUCAGCGUGGGCCAAGAACAACACAAUGAUCGAUCUUUUUCUCGCUAGUUUUCAAGAGGGAGACAACAUUGCACAUCUUGUAGAUCACUUGCUGAUCGUUGCCCUGGAUCAGUCAGCUUUUGACCGAUGCACAGCAAUCCAUCACCACUGCUACCGCUUAGAAACUGAAGGAGUCGACUUUGCUGCCGAGAAGUUCUUCAUGAGUAGUGAUUAUCUCAAGAUGAUGUGGAGGAGAAUUGACUUCUUGAGAAUCGUUCUCGAACUGGGCUACAAUAUUCUGUUUUCUGAUGCCGACAUCAUGUGGUUCCGCGAUCCCUUUCCUCAUCUGUCUCCGGAUGCAGAUUUUCAGAUUGCCUGUGACCAUUUUAAUGGAAAUCCGACAGAUGUGAAGAACCUUCCCAAUGGAGGGUUUGUCUUUGUUCGAUCGAAUGAACGCACAAUGAACUUCUACAAGUUUUGGUUUGACUCUCGCCUGAGACAUCCGGGAAAGCAUGAUCAGGACGUGUUCAAUGACAUUAAGAACACCAAGCCCUUUGCGAGGAUGGGGCUCAAGCUGGAGUUCCUUGACACUGUCUACUUCGGAGGAUUUUGUGAAGUAUCGCAGGAUUUUGAGAAAGUAUGUACCAUGCAUGCGAAUUGUUGUACAGGGCUGGAGAGGAAGCUCAUUGACUUAAGAUUGACGAUUGCUGACUGGAGGCGGUUCAAAUCCAUGACAAGAGAAGAGAAGAAGGAACACAGGAUUUUUUGGCAGGCGCCGAAAGAGUGCUUACAUUCGUGCAAAUAUAAGGCGUUGCGAAUAAUGCUUUACACGCUUCUGGUAUUUGUGUGCAUUUUCUGCUUCCUGGGAUCUUACUGGUGCAUUUUCGGUCGCCCACGUUGGAUGCCAGAGAGAAUAUUCACACGCCGUUCACCUGAUUGUUAGCUCCUCAAGCAGCAGUUGUCGAACCGGGUAGUAAAGUAUCACUUGCCAACCUCUGAGAAUUUUAUUCUCUCCAGGUUCUCUUCCUCUAUCCUAUUUACCCGUAUAUCACACUGCCC